ACCUGUAAAUACUCUAAAUAGAUUCUAUAUAGUAGUAAUUAUAUAUUAAAACACUUAUAUACCAUGGCUGAAAGUGGAUAAAAUCCAUGAUAUAUCAUCUAUCAAGUUUUUUUUUCCUGUAAGCUCUAUUUCUGAGUGAAUUUUAGGAUUCAUCAAAGUGAUCUAUGAGACUAAACUAAUAUUACAUGUUAUGUUAUGGUUUUCCGCCCUAAAACUCCUUGUAUUCAGAAAAAAAAAAGGAUAUCUUAUAGCUAAAGGUUUUAUUGAAUCUGCGUAACAUAGGUUGCUGUCGAACUUCAAGUGCUUGAAUCAAAUAGUGUCGCAGUUGCGAUAACCAGAGAGGUUAAUCAGCACUUGAUAAGCAGGCUUGUCGUUGGAAGCUCGUCUCAUGUUGGUUUGUUCAGGUACGGGUUGAAACGUUAUGUUCUUGGUUUGAUUUAUAUAUGCGAUUGAACAGAGUUUUCUCAGAUGAGUUAUGCGUUGAGACUAUUUCAUUUACAGGAAUCGUGAUGUUACCGCGAAAAUACCAGCCUAUGUCUCAGACCUUUGCACAGUUUAUGUUGUCUCAAAAGGAGUCUACAUUCUUACGAAAGAUAAGUUAUCGUCAGAUGGGGAGAUCAAUGAAACUAUCUUAAGAGAUAUCGGUAGUGAGAGAAUCGAUACAUCUAGCUACUCUUCUAGUUUAGGACAUAUCUCAGGUUUGUAGCUUUCGUCAAUUAUUAACUAGAAACUGAUGUAUGAAAGUCUAACUUUCCUAUUGUAUAUUUUUUAGAUGCGACACUCAAGUCGAAAUCUCUUGCUAUGUCCAAUCAUAAGAGAUUGGAACAUCUCCCGACAAUAGUAAGAGGGGUUUCUGUUCAUAUGGAAACUAGUUCAGUUGACUCAUACGGAACUACAAGUAUGUCUUCGGGAGCUGCAGAGAAAGCAAGCAGUAGUCUUGAAACAUCGCGUUCUAUUUCUUGGAAUAUUACUCAAAGUGAAGAUUAUUUCACAGGCAAACAGGUAAGGUAUCAUUAUAAAUUUCUUAGACCCUUUUUCGAAAUUGAAAGCAUUUUGAACAGAGAGAUUCUUUUGGUUGAUUUCAGGACACGCUCGACAAAAUUACAAAGUUGAGGGAUGAACAUGGGCAUGCUCAAGAAAUGCAUGCACUGACUCAAUUAGAAACCUUGAAUGCUUCUCUCAAGCUCGAUGAGUUUGAGUUUGAAGAGCUACAACUUAAGGAGCACGCAACAAAGGCGUUAAAAGAAAAGGAAACACAGAAGUUUGAGCCGAGAAGAAGGGAAGAGAGAGAGGUCGCACAGAAAAGAGAAGCCAAAGAGAAGGAGAAGCUUAAAGAAAGUUCCCUUGUGGCUCGUAAGCUGCAAUACCAGGAGUUCACUUGGGAAGAAAUUAAAACCGCAACUUCAUCCUUCUCUGAAGAUCUAAACAUUGGAAAGGGAGCUUACGGGGAUGUUUACAAAUGCAAUCUCCGUCAUACAGUUGCUGCUGUCAAAGUUUUGCAUUCCCCGGAAAGUAAUCUAUCCAAGCAAUUUGAUCAAGAGGUAUGGAGACAGCCUAAGCGCUUUUCUUGAUAAAAAUACUGACAUUUUUAUUCUCUCUUAGAUUGAAAUAUUGAGCAAGAUCAGGCAUCCACACCUGGUUCUCCUUCUAGGCGCGUGUCCAGAGCAUGGCGCUCUAGUCUAUGAAUACAUGGAAAAUGGUAGCUUGGAAGAUAGACUGUUUCAAGUCAGCAAAAGUCAACCAAUCCCGUGGUUCGUCCGGUUCAGGAUAGCUUGGGAAGUCGCAUCAGCACUCAUUUUCCUCCACAAAUCAAAGCCGACACCAAUCAUCCACCGUGAUCUCAAACCAGCCAACAUCUUGCUUGAUCAAAACUUUCUCAGCAAAGUAGGAGACGUGGGAAUCUCCACAAUGCUCCAAGUCGACCCUUUAUUAACACAAUUCACAAUGUACAAACAGACAAGUCCCGUGGGAACACUAUGCUAUAUCGAUCCUGAAUAUCAACGAAGCGGGAUGUUAUCUUUCAAAUCCGACGUCUAUGCGUUUGGAAUGAUCAUUCUGCAGCUUCUUACCGCUCUUCCGGCCAUAGCACUAACGUAUAAAGUAGAAACAGCAAUGGGGAAGAAUGACGAGUUUAUACAGAUUCUUGAUAAAAAGGCCGGUGACUGGCCGAUGGAAGAAACCCGUAAAUUAGCCGCGUUGGCCCUCUCCUGUACAGAGAUUCGUGCUAAAGACAGGCCUGAUCUUGAAACUCAGAUUCUUCCAGCAUUGGAGAGCUUUAAGAAUGUAGCUGUAAUAUCAAGAAACUUGAUUUCCUCUGCGCCGAAUCAACCUCCAAGCCAUUUCCUCUGCCCAUUACUUAAGGUAAUAACUUGUUCUUUACGUCACCUAUUUCUUGCGAGAGGAGUAAGGUUAUCUUAGGGAAGAAUGCUCUAUGUUUGCAGGAUGUGAUGAGUGAACCAUGUGUUG